CAAGUUUGGGCUAGAUAAGGCCCUCGUUCAAGCAACGAUAUUAAACAUUCUCCGACGCUUCCAUGAGUCGCCAGCAAUGAUAAUCAAGCCAACCAUGUACCCAGAUCGGACGAGCUCAUCCAGACAAUGACCCGCCAGCUAUACGAGGCGUUAAACGAGCGCGAUGUGACGGGAAAAGAGAUUUCGUUUACUGCUGGAUGGCUUAGCGCUUUCAAAGUGCGUCAUGACUUGAAGCGAGUGUGGUUGCACGGAGAAGGGGCUAGUGCAAAUAGCGAAGCUGUCAGUGAUUUCUUUGCGCGAGUGCAGCCUAACUUGUUCUAA